AUGGUAAACCAAAACUCCAAUCACCCAAACCUCAAUCAAAACCAAUUCCAAUCCAGAGGAACCUUUCAUCCUGCCCAAAAUGUUCAACCUAUACCUCAAGAGCGACCGGGUGGUAACAACAAUACCGGACCACCCACACCACCUUUCCAAAACCAAAAUCCCAACAACACCCAAAGAACACCACCACAACAAAACCUUCAUCGACAAACUUCCUUACCCAUCAACCUUGAUGACCGGAAUGUCAAUUCCGACCGUCGAGGCAACCGAGAUCGUGGCAAUCCCGCGAACGAAGACUCAUUUUUCAACAUAGACGAUUUGAGAAACGCCAUCCCCGAUGACGAACCUUAUAGUGUGCCCGGUUAUCAAUCGCCGGAACAUGUGAGUGUUCAUACGGAAUAUUCGGACGAUGGGGGAUAUUAUGAUGAUCGGGCGAAUGAUGAUGAAGAUUGGGGAUAUGUGAAUCAGGGUAAUGUUUACAAUGCGAGAGGAUUUGAAGAUGAGGAGUUUGGCUAUCAAAACGCCAAUUUUGUGGGGGACAAUGACUACGGGUAUGGAACUAGGAGGAAUGACGGUUACGAAAACAAUGGCCCGCCACGAAACAACAAUCAAAGGAACCGGAACGACGGGUUUUACAACAACAACCUCCAUGAGGAGUGA